ACACAGUGAUUUAACAAAUCUUUAAUAUACUGUCUUCCAUGCAUCGUUUCACAUCCGUUCAUUCGAUGUAUCUUGUCAACACUCUAUUUAUAAUAAACUCUACACGGACAUUUAAAAGUUAAAAGUGUGAAUAUUGCAUAGAGAUGCAUGCUCUAGUAGCGUGUGUGAGCCAAAUUAUUGUUGUGGGAGGUUAUUAAAAAACAAACCUGUAGAAUAUAUCAUUCUGGAUAGUAUAUUUUAACAGCAAGAUGUGGAACAGAACUUACUCGUAUAAUUUUGAGACUGGUAAAUCCGUGUAUUUCCAUACCUAUGACUAUGUCGUGUUUGGAAUAACGUUAGGAUUGUCUGCUUCUAUUGGCCUUUUUUAUGCCAUCAAAGACCGGAAGAAGAAGAGUGAGAAUGAGUUCCUCCUGGCCGGACGUAACAUGUCUGUGAUACCAGUAGCAUUGUCUCUGAUGUCUAGUUUUAUAUCAGCUGUAACAUUGUUAGGAACGCCAGCAGAAAUGUACCGGUACAAUACCAUGUACUGGUUCAUAGUGUUUGGGUUUCUGAUCUCAGUUAUUUUGUCGAAUACCAUUUAUAUUCCAGUUUUCUACAAUCUUGGAAUUACUAGUGUUUUUGAGUAUGUUCAUCUCAGAUUUGGAACGGUGGUACGAGUUAUUUCCUGUAUCCUCUACAUGAUAAUGAUGCUUAUUUAUAUGGCAAUAGUGUUGUACGGUCCAUCUUUAGCUUUGAAUGCAGUAACCGGAAUCAGCCUCUGGGGUUCAAUGAUAGCAGUAUGUGCGGUCUGUACACUGUAUACGGCUUUGGGCGGCAUGAAAGCUGUAGUAUGGACUGAUACUAUACAAGUACUGAUUAUGUUUUCUGGAAUGCUGAUACUUCUGAUAUUCGGGUGCAAAAAGCUAGAAGGUUUAGAUGUAGCAUGGCGAGUCGCUGACGAAAAUGAUAGAAUCAAAUUCUUCAUUCUGAAUCCAGACCCUUCCGAAAGACAUUCUGUUUGGAAUAUGAUAGUUGGUGGUGGAUUUAUAUGGACAGCUGUAUAUGGUAUAAAUCAAGCACAAGUUCAAAGAGCUGUUUCAUUUUCAUCGCUUUCUAAAGCUAAAUUAUCAUUAUGGGUAAAUUUGGUGUGUAUUGUAUCAAUCCUGUCAUUGGUCUGUCUUGUUGGAGUAGUUAUGUUCGCUUAUUAUAGCACUUGUGAUCCAGUGCUAGCAGGAAUUGUGACAAAAUCAGAUCAGUUAAUACCUUUAUUUGCUAUGGACGUAGUAGGGGAUUAUCAUGGACUUCCAGGACUGGUUAUAUCGUGUAUUUUUAGUGGUAGUUUAAGCACUGUGUCGUCUGGUUUCAAUGCAAUAUCCGCAAUUAUUUUAAAGGAUUUCAUUCUUGUGUGUGCUCCAAAUAUGCCGUCUGGAACAAGGACAAUCAUUUCCAAAAUAAUUGUUCUCCUAGCUGGUGGAGUCUGUCUUGCUGUAGCAUAUGUCAUGUCAUUAUUAACGUCCUCAAUAUUAACGGCUACAAUUACUAUAUAUGGUCUUCUUGGCGGACCCUUACUUGGAGUUUUCACUCUUGGAAUGUUAUUUCCAUGGGCCAAUAAAUGGGGCGGAUUGUUUGGACUACUUUCAUCAUUAGCUGUGAAUUGCUGGAUUGGUUUUGGUGCGUUUAUCAAUAAGGUAGUGGUAACACCAACGUCUCCAGUGACAACAGAGGGAUGCCGGUUGAAUCUUACAACUAUUGAGACCAUAUCUAAUAUAACAACUACUGCAAUUCAAAAAAAAGAAGACUACCUGAUUAUAUAUAAGAUGUCUUACAUCUGGUUCACUGGUCUUGGAUUACUGGUGUGUGUGGUAUUUGGACUCAUUGUAAGCUUUAUAACAGGAGCAACAGACCCAAAGAAAAUAAAUCCUGGUUUAAUUUGUCCUGUAUUUGAUGAAGUUUUACCAUGCCUACCUAAGAAAACCAGAAAGAGGCUACAUUUUGGCGUUCGUCAUGAGGAUUUUGUAAAGUUUUCUAAAGAAAACCCCAAAACCCUAGAGAGAGGAGGAUAUGAUAGGACGCUGUAUAUAGCAGAAAACACAGAUAAAAUACCCCAUGAUGCAAUCCGCAGUUUCCCGAAACAUUUUGAAAAUUCUGACUAUAACACUAAACUUUGAAUUGAGAAAACGAUUUUGUAUUAUACUAUUUUGUAUCCUUAUAAAAAAAACUGUGAACAUUUUAAUUCAUGUUUUUAGUAUGUCCGGUAUUACACGUGACAAUACAAAACCACAAUUUCCUGUUCAUGCACAUCAUAGAAUACCAUUAUAUUCAAUUUAAUGUUUAAAAAAUAUUUCACUAUUCUGUAUAUACUGCAUAAACAACCCAUCAUAUUUUAAAUUAUUAUAAAAUCAGCUGAUUUAAUUUAUCUAUUGAAAACAUCAGAAUAAACAUAACAUUUACUGGGAAGUUAAGUGAAACGUAUUUCAAUAAAUAAAAUGAAAGCCAAGUCUACAAAAAGGACAGAAUGGUAUACUAGCUGAAACACCAAGCGGCGAUAAAUAUUAAAAUAAGAAGAUAUGAUGAAAUUCCCAAUGAGACAACUAUCCACAAUUCCGAUGAUGUAAGCAAUUAUUAUAUGUUACCCUACGGCCUUUAUCAAUGAGAUAACACUAACCGUUUAGCCGGCUAUAAAACGCCCGACCUGAAAAUAUGAAACAAUUUAAUUAAGAAAACUUAUAUAAAAAAAAAUAAGAAUUAUGACAGACAUGCGCCCACUAUACUACAGGUUCGUGACUUGGGACAUGAUCUUGAAGAACUCAGCGGGAUUAAACAUGAUUGAAGGCGCCAAAAACAAAUUUCUAAUAAAAAGUAUGUUAUGAUCGAUCAAAAUUGCUCAUGUUUAGUAGAAAAAAAAUAUUUUCAAAACCUGGAAUCUUUUCAGGUCUAUCAUUGCUUUUGUAUAUUGUUUAAUAUUAUGUUUUAUGUAAAGGUAAUAUAAAUUGUGUGUUUGGCUUUUGAAAUAAAAUAUGGAAAUAUGGAAAUAAACAGCAUUAAUCUAUGAUUAAGUUAAUAAUAAUACUAAUGCUAAUAGUAAUAUAAUAAAAAUAAACGUUGUAAAAUUAUAUAUAAAAAAAGCAUAUUAAGCAAACAUGAAAGACAAGAAUAAGAAAAAUUACGACAUCAUGAUAACACAAUGGCAAUGGCAGGAUGUAUCAAUACCGAAUCACGUCAAAAGGAUAUUACAAAAAUGGACUUAAAAGUUAAGAUUAGAAAUCGUCUCUCUUUUAUAAUAUGUAAUAAAGAUGAUAAACAAUGUC